UCGCGUCGGUCGAUCCUCCCCCAAGCGUUGUGAAUAAUCAGUUAUUUGGUGGAAAAUCCGACAGUUUUUUAAGUAAAACUAGCUUUAUUUCGUGUAUGGAGUGCUAGCGCAAAUUAAUUCAAUGGAUUUCAUUGGUGGGAUUGUAAGUUUGGGUGUUAAAAAGUAAAAAAAAAAAGAAAAUUGCAAAUGGUGACGCACGCGGAGUUUGGCGUUUGAGAUUUGACAAUCAUCGUUCUACCAACACAUUUCAACGCACAAAUACCAUCACAACGUUUCGUGUCGGUGAGAUUUGUUGUCAAACAACAGCUGAUUUCACAAAACACGAACCAUGACUUCGAUGUAUGCACAGAGUACAUCUUCGCCGCAAUCCCAGCUGGUGAUUGAUUCGGUGCAAAUGAACCACUUUCGAAGUUUCGUAAACAUGCUUGCGGAUCCUACUGCGAAGGAUGAAAUUAAACUCAAAGCGGCACAAGAAUUGAGCGAGCAUUUCGAGCUGAUUACACAAUGCAGCUCGUAUCCCAGCUUCCUGGAGCAUUCGAUGCGUAUAUUUCUGAAGAUUCUGCAAGAAGGUGAACCGCUUUUUAUCUCCGAGCUGAAUUUACAACAAGUUCGGAAGAUAAUUCUGGAAAUGAUUCAUCGAUUACCAACAUCUGAUUUGGUCCGACCAUAUGUGAAACCGAUAAUUGUGCUCACCAUCAAGUUGCUGCAAACCGAUAAUGAAGAAAAUGUGCUUGUUUGUUUACGUAUCAUUAUCGACAUACACAAACAAUAUCGGCCGUCGUUUCAUCCAGAGAUUCAAGAUUUUCUAUCCUAUGUCAAAACGAUUUACUCCGAUCUACCGAAGCAUUUGGCUACGAUGUUUGAGCCCAGACAAGCGAUUCGUGUUAAGGAUCUGAAGGAGGUCAAUUUCGAAAAUUUGUUACCGGAAACGUUUACUCUCAGUUCGAUUCAGGUUGAAAAAAAGACUGCAGACGGAAAACUCUCAACAGUGACGUAUAACCUGAUCCCAAAGGGAAUCAACUCGUUAAAAGUGUUGCAAGAGCUUCCGAUAAUUGUGGUUCUGAUGUAUCAGAUCUACAAAACCAAUGUUCAUCAGGAGGUAGUCGAUUUCGUUCCGCUGAUUAUGACCACGAUUACUCUCCAACCAUCAUUGAUUCAUAAGAAUUCUCCGGGAUUCAACAGAGAAAUUUAUGUGGAUUUUAUGGGAGCUCAAAUAAAGACAUUGGCGUUUUCCGCGUAUAUUAUCAGACUUUUUCAGGAUGUCAUUCUGACGCACGCUCCAACGAUGGUGAAAGGAAUGCUCAAUCUAUUGGAGAGUUGUCCCAAGGAGGUUGCCCAUUUGAGGAAGGAAUUACUGGUAGCAACCAGACACAUUCUAGCCACAGAACUGAGAAAUCAUUUUGUAUCUUCAAUCGAUAAACUGUUUGACGAAGAUAUUCUGCUGGGAAAAGGAUGGACAACGCAUGAGUCUUUGCGUCCACUGGCGUAUUCCACAUUGGCCGAUUUGGUUCAUCAUGUACGUCAGCACUUAAGCUUACCGGCACUGUCAAAGGCUGUAUAUUUGUUUGCAAAGAACGUUCAUGACGAAUCGUUGCCCACAAGCAUUCAAACAAUGUCCUGCAAAUUGUUGCUUAACUUGGUUGAAUGUAUUCGUAUCAAGAGCGAUGUGGAACCAGCGGCCAGUCGAGAACUUUUAAUUACCAUGCUCAAAGUUUUUACUCAAAAAUUCCAUACAAUUUCAAAACUCCAAUUGCCACAGAUCAUGCAGAAAUGGAAAUCUUUCAAACCCGAAAGUAAUGCAAACGCUACACCUGGAACACCGUCAACUGCUCAAAGUACGCCGGCAGCAGGAGCCACACCGCAACAUACACCACAAACUCCAGCGGCAAGUGACGGGAAUAUUCCGAAAGAUUUCCUCGGAAUGGACUUGUCAGAAAAUUCAUUCAAACUUACCAGCAUCGGAUUCCCGCAACCGAACAAUCUUAAUGUGACUGAGUAUCGCAGUUUGGUGAAAACGCUCGUAUGUGGUGUCAAAACGAUAACGUGGGGCUGUCCUGCUGCGAAGAUUAACCCCAACGAUCAUGGCAUGCCGGCUUCGAAGUUGUUCAAUCCAAAUGAGAUAUUGAUCUUCAUUGAUCUCUUCCAUUGGGCCUUGGAGGCUCUCGAUAUCUACACGAUAAACGUCCCUGCUAUGGGUAUUCCACAGACGUUACCCCAACAGAAACAAGCUCUACAAAUGCCUCGCUCGAAGGAAGAGAAGGAAGUGCUGGAACACUUCAGUGGAGUUUUUCUUACGAUGGAUUCGCAAAACUUCCAGGAAAUAUUUGCUUCUACCAUCGACUUUAUGGUAGAUCGACUGUACAAAAACUCCGCGCUUCAGGUCAUUGCCAAUUCAUUCCUGGCGAAUCCCAAAACGUCUCCUCUUUUUGCCACGGUGUUGGUCGAGUAUCUUCUGGAGCGUAUGGAAGAGAUGGGUUCUAAUAUCGAGCGGUCGAAUCUCUAUCUACGGCUGUUCAAGUUGGUGUUUGGCAGUGUGAGCCUGUUUGCAGCUGAAAACGAACAUAUGCUAAGGCCACACUUGCAUAACAUCGUGAAUCGAUCGAUGGAACUGGCCAUGACGGCCAAGGAACCGUACAACUAUUUUCUACUACUGAGAGCAUUAUUCCGAUCCAUCGGUGGUGGUUCACACGAUUUACUCUAUCAAGAGUUCCUACCGCUGUUGCCAAAUUUGCUGGAAGGGCUCAAUCGUUUACAGAGUGGUUUCCACAAGCAGCAUAUGAAGGAUCUUUUUGUGGAGCUUUGCCUUACGGUACCAGUGCGUUUGUCCUCAUUACUUCCUUAUUUGCCAAUGCUGAUGGAUCCGUUGGUGUCGGCGCUGAAUGGGUCCCAUACGCUCGUAAGUCAGGGCCUUCGAACUUUGGAACUGUGCGUAGAUAAUCUGCAGCCGGAUUUCCUAUACGAUCACAUCCAACCGGUGCGGGCCGAUUUGAUGCAAGCUCUAUGGAGAACACUACGCAACCAGGAUAGCGCUGCGGUGGUUGCAUUCCGCGUAUUGGGUAAAUUCGGAGGGGGCAAUCGAAAAAUGAUGAUCGAACCACAACAACUAAUGUACCAGGAAAGUGAUGCGCUUCAGCCUGCUGUUGUAGCUUACUUUCAGGAGCAUCGGAAACCGAUCGAUUUCCCGGUUGAUAAAGUGAUUGAAACCGCCUUCAUUGCGUUGAAAACUAGUACUACUGAUCCAUUCUACUGGCGCCAGAGCUGGGAAGUUAUUAGGUGUUAUUUGGCUGCUUCGAUUUGCCUGGAUGACGACAAGCAUACGCUACAAAAAUUGUUUAUGCAUCCGAGUUUUACUGACAACAAUGUGCUGGCCACUGGUACGCAUUACACUUUGCAGGAUAAACAAGCAAGACAAACCCAUCAGACAGCCUUAACGGGAAUGUUUGUGGCAGCAGCUACCAAGGAACUGCGUGGAUCAGUACUUCCCACAAUGGUAGCAGUUGUAAGGCACUAUACCAUGGUUGCUAUAGCCCAGCAGGCCGGACCAUUUCCACACAAGCAUCAUCAGAUGAACAGUGGUCUCGAUCCAUUGGUUUUGAUCGAUGCUCUAGCAGCAAUAAUGGGCCAUGAAGAAAAAGAGCUCUGCAAGCCAGGAAACUUGGCAAUGGUUCUAAUUCUGGAAACCGCAACCAACAUUAUGGGUUCGAAGGAACGUGCCUGUCGUUUACCGAUGAUGCAGUACCUCGCAGAAAAGAUGGCUGCCCUGUGUUACGAACGCCCGUGGUACUCAAAAAUGGGCGGCUGCAUUGCUCUCAAGUUCCUCUAUCAAAACAUGGCAAUGAGAUGGCUAUACCAACAUUUAUUCAUAUUCCUUAAAGCGUUCAUGUUCAUAAUCAUGGAUCUGACUGGGGAGGUUUCCAGUGGAGCAAUUGAUAUGGCGAAAAACUAUCUGGAAAAGAUGUUGAAAAUUUGUAUGACUCCGCUCGAUAGGGACUGCAAGAACGAGGAAUUGAUUUCGACACAGAAGAAAGCCAUGUACGAUGUGAUUCACGAGCUGGUUAGACAAGUGACAAGUCCUCACACGUUAGUCCGGGAAACGGCAAUGGCUUCACUAAGACUGAUUGCUGAAUUACAAGGCAAGACCGUAACGGAAGUCAUGAAUCCACAUCGUGAGGUGCUGGUUGAUAUGAUUCCCCCUAAGAAGCAUCUACUACGACAUCAACCGGCUAGCGCUCAAAUUGGUCUUAUGGAUGGUAAUACCUUCUGUACGACGCUGGAGCCACGGUUAUUCACUAUUGAUCUCACCAUUUUGACUCACAAAGUGUUUUAUCACGAGGUAUUGACAUUGUCCGAUGCAGAGGAUACAACCUUGAACAAAUUGGACUGCUACAAGACGGUAACAAAUCUGAUUCCACUUAGGAAGAGCGCUCUGCGGGCUCUAGCAGCGUGCCAUUACAUCCCAAACGGAUGCCGGGAAAAAAUAUUCUCUAUCCUAUUCAAGGCUCUCGAGAAAAACAACGUGGAACUGCAGGAGGCAGCUUUCGAAUGCAUGCAGAACUUUUUGCAGGGAUGCACCGUUGAUAAGGAAACCAUUCACGCCGGUAUCCGUCCGUUGCUGAUGCAGUUGGGGGAUCAUCGUAAUCUAACGCUGAACGGCGCUAAACGUCUUUCGUAUUUGACACAACUUUUCCCAUCGAUGUUCAACGAAAAACUGUGCGACUCACUGCUUCAAAUUGUGAAAAAACUGCUGGAAAGCUCGAUCGCUGCCAACAAGGGAUCCAAUUUCCUAGCCGCGUCGAAAACGGGCGAAACGGAGCAGAAAAUCGUGACCAUCAUUGGAAUAUUCCACCAAAUUCCAGCGGCAUCGGCAAAAUUCAUCGACAGUCUGUGCAAGCUGAUACUGCAGACUGAGAAGAGUUUGAUGAUCGAACCCUGCUCGCCAUAUCGUCCACCGUUGGUCAAGUUUUUGCUUAAGUUUCCCAAGGAAUCUAUGGAACUGCUGUUGAGUGAUGUCAACGUGAAAGAUGCCCAGUGGAAUCGCUUCAUGAUUUAUCUGCUGAAGCAUAAGGAUGGAUUAUCAUUCCGUAAUGCCGUCCAGGAGAAGGGUUCUCGGUUGAUUCAGCUUAUCCUGAUCAAUUCGGAAGGAAGCAUCGCAAUCGCCCAAGGCAAACCAUUUGAAGAUCGCUACGAAGCACAGAAACAGGCAAUUCUUAUUAUUCACACGCUUAUCGAAUUCGACAGUCCGUGGAUUUCGACGCAGACGGAUAUUAUAGCGGCAUUGAAGAAUAUCUGGAAGAACGAUUUGUACAAGACGUGCCAAUCUUCCGUAGUUUGUGAUAUGUGGCAUCUGGUGGCAAAGAUUCUGAUGGAAUACUUCUCCCACAAUACAAAUGAAAUUCCAUUGCUGUUCCAACUGUUGCGAGCACUUUGCUUACGAUUCAUACCGGAUUUCCAGUUCUUCCGAGAUUUCCUCCAGAACACCGUGUGCCAAAGUUACACCGUAGAUUGGAAAAGGAAAGCUUUCUUCCACUUUGUGGAAUGUUUCAGCAAUCAGGAGAUAUCACAGGAUCUGAAGGCGAAAAUCCUAACGAUGGUAAUCAUUCCGAGUUUUGCUGUCAGUUUCGAAAAAGGCGAAGGCAACAAGUUGGUUGGAGCUCCACCUGCGCCAUAUUUAGAGGAUGAAAACAACAUCGUGUCAGUUUUCAUCAAUAAAGUUAUCGAUCCGGAGAAGCCAUUUGCCAAUGAAGACGCCGUGAGGAUUGCUUUGCUACAGUUUGCUUGUUUGUUAGUAGAACGAGCAUCACCCCAUAUUCACGAUGGAGAUGCAAAUAACAAGCGGGAAGGAAACAAGCUAAGACGCCUGAUGACGUUUGCCUGGCCUUGUCUGCUGCCGAAAAAUUGCGUCGACCCAGCCGCUAGGUAUCAUGGUCACUUGCUGCUCAGUCACAUCAUAGCGAGGUUGGCAAUACAUAAGAGAAUAGUCCUACAGGUGUUCCAUUCACUUCUGAAGGCCCACGCCGUUGAAGCUAGGACGGUUGUUAAACAAGCCCUGGAGGUGCUGACACCAGCGAUGCCGUUACGUAUGGAAGACGGAAAUACAAUGCUAACCCAUUGGACUAAGAAAAUCAUCGUUGAAGAGGGUCAUUCGAUGCAGCAGUUGUUCCACAUUCUGCAACUGCUGGUUAGACAUUUCAAGGUCUAUUAUCCCGUUCGCCAUCACUUGGUGCAACAAAUCAUCAAUUCAAUGCAUCGGCUGGGAUUCACAGUGAAUGCCACUAUUGACUAUCGAAAGCUAUCGGUUGAACUGGCAGAAGUAAUCAUCAAAUGGGAACUUCAACGAAUCAAAGAAGAGACGGACGGUAGUGCCGUUGAAGAUGACGAUAGCAAACUCCAAUCAGACAAUAAACAACAAUCCAGUGGUGCUGUGAAGCGAACAGCGCAAGAAGAGGAAGCUCGGAAAAAGUUGGCUACAGGGGAAACAACUCCACAACCAUCUCCGAGUACAUCGACUGGUACCAUAGCUGUAGUAGUUCCGAAAGUCGAAGGCUCCGGUCGGCCAAUUGAUCGCGUACACUGCGAUGCUGUUCUGAAUUUCCUCUUCCGUAUGGCCUGUCAAUUGAAUGAUGUCUCAACCACGCCUGGAACAAUGUCACCGGGAGAGAGUCUUUCGAGAAGAUGUGUCACUUUGCUCAAAUUAGCAAUCAAACCGGACGUUUGGCAGCAACCCUUCGAUCUAAAACUCACAUGGCUGGAUAAAGUGUUCACCAGUAUCGAAGGCCAGCAGCCAAAUAUAGGAAACAUCUGCACCGCUUUGGAGCUGCUAACAUUCUUGUUGUCUGUUCUGAAAAAGGAUCAAAUUCUAGCCACGUUCCGCCCGCUACAGCGAGGUCUCUCCGCUUGCGUAACCUGUCCCAACACACGAGUUAUUAAACUAAUGCAUGGAUUGCUCACUCGUCUGAUGUCAAUUUUCCCCACGGAUUCUCACCACAAACAUGACGAGCUAGAAACCCUCUACGCAACUAUCAGCAAAAUGAUAUUCGAGGGUCUGGCCGCGUACGAGAAAAAUUCACAAGCAAAUCCAUCUACGUUGUUCGGCACCCUAAUGACACUGAAAGCAGCUUGCACAAAUAAUCAGAGCUAUAUUGAUCGCCUAAUAAUCCCAUUCAUGAGAUUACUCAACCGACUAACGAAGGAGCACUUGGGAGGAAUCGUCAGUAAUCAGAAUGGCAACGGUGAAGCUGCAACCAAUGCCGGAUCAAUUGCUCUGGAACUGUUGGUUGUUUCGUUGGAUCUUGUUAAAAAUCGAGUUGUGGUAAUGAGUGUAGAAAUGCGGAAGAUGUUCAUUGGUGGAAUCCUUGUCGGAUUGAUUGAGAAAAGCAACGAUGUGAAAGUGAUCAAAGCCAUUGUUAAGAUGAUCGAAGAAUGGAUGAAGAAUAAGAAUUCCCCUGUCACGGUUUCACAAGCCCCAACACUACGGGAAAAAUCCAUUCUAUUGGUUAAGUU